UUCAUUACAAAAACACUAACCCUCUUAUUCCUCUCUUUCCCAAAACUAACAAAAGAUUUCAACAAUGGCUUCUUUACAAUCUUUACCUCUCUUCUCGGCUUCCCAUUCUUCAAAAACAUCCACUACCAAUGCCUCACUUCACAUCCCAAAGCUUCCUAAUCUCAGAAUCUCCGCCCCCAAACUCCCUAAAACUUCCACACCCUCCGUUAAAAUGAUCGAGCAACUUUGUUUAAACCAACCCAUUCUUAAUGUUAUUCCUACGGAAUCGCCUCUCAAAUCACAGCUUCACGCCAUCUUAGAAGCCGUAGCCGAUCGUGUAGAAAUGCACAACAACAUUUGCCAACAGCGAGACAAUUGGAAUUCCCUUUUCCUCAAUUCCAUCAAUAUGAUAACUCUAACCGCCUCUGCCCUUGCCGCCUCCGCACCCGCCGUCGGAUCCCUCGGAGCUCCUCUUUUGGCUCUCAAAGUGUCGUCGGCUCUGCUUUUCUCUGCUGCGACAGGGAUGUUGGUGAUGGUGAACAAAAUUCAACCAUCACAAUUGGCUGAAGAGCAGCGAAAUGCGGCUAGAUUGUUUAAGCAGCUCCAAACCCAAAUCCAAAGCUUGAUUCUUGAUGGAGCUCCUACUCAAGUGGACGUCGACUCCGCCAUGAAAAAAGUGUUGGCGAUCGAUAAAGCAUACCCACUUCCUUUGCUUGGUGCAAUGCUUGAAAAAUUCCCCAAGACAGUCGAGCCGGCUUCGUGGUGGCCCAAUUCUUCGGAAAAUUACGAAUCUCAGACGAAGAAUGGAAACACCCAUUUUGAUGGAAAGCAAGGUCGAGAUUCCAAUGGGUGGAGCGUUGAACUCGAGGCCGAAAUGAGGGAGGUUGUUGAAAUCGUGAAGUCAAAAGACGCCGAAGAUUACGUUAGGCUUGGGAAUUUAGUUUUGAAGGUUAAUAAAACAUUGGCAAUCACAGGCCCUGUUCUCACCGGCAUUGCGGCUUUGAGUUCUGCUUUUGUGGGUGAUUGGUCAUCCGCAGGGAUGGCAGUGGCUGCGGUGGCCGGAUCAUUAGCAGCCGCCGUGAACGCGUUAGAGCACGGUGGGCAAAUUGGGAUGGUGUUCGAGAUGUAUAGGAAUAGUGCCGGCUUCUUCGGGCUAUUGGAAGAAUCCAUUAGAGGGACACUUGGGGAGAAAGAAUGGGAGAAGAGGGAAAAUGGUGAAGUGUUUGAAAGGAAAGUGGCUUUGAAAUUGGGAAGAAGCUUAUCUCAGCUUAGACAAUUGGCCACUAAAUCAGCUGCAGCUAGAGAGGAAGGAUUUUCCAUGGAUGAAUUUGCUAGCAAGCUCUUCUGAUUGAUUUAUUCUUUUGAUGUUUUAAUUCGUUUAUUCUUUGAGAUAGGUAAUAUUAAGUCUAAUCCAAUCUGGUAAAGAAAACAUUAACCAUACAUAUGACUUUUAAUUUUAUUUUGAGAUACUUUUAUUGAUUUUUA